UUCUCGCUCCGCCGCAACCAGCCCACGCCUACCCGACGCCCGCACCUUACCCCGUCCAGCACACCCGCCGCCGCCGACCUCGUUCGGCUUCACGCCUCACAUUGGGAACUUCUACCCUUCCUCGACCAUCUUCCAGCCGGCUCAUCUGCAAUCUGGGCCGAUCCUCUACUCGCAA